AUGUCCCAAAGAGGUGGCUAUUCCGACAAGGUGUCGACCAAUAGGAAAGCACAAGGAACUUUGGGGAGACGAUAUAAUAAGAAAAAUAUAUAUCAAGAUCAUUUUGAAAGUCAAGAUAUUUGGAAAAACCUUGAUAGGAUUAGACAUUCUAAUCGUCUAGCUGGUAAGACUAUAAAAAAUAGUUAUUUAUGUCUUCGACUGCAAAAAAAAUCUGAUCUAACGUUGCUCACAAAUUGUAUCGAGGAAUUGCAUAAAUAUAUUGAACAUGAUACUUUGGAACUACAAAAACAGAGUGAAUCAACAGCCAUAUUAAUUUUGAAAAAGUUUUCUAUCUUAGACUGCUGUCUCACGCUGGCAGUAAUUUCCAAUUUAACAUCAGGUAGGACACUUAAUCCAGCAGGCAAAUCAUAUUUUACUGUUCCAAAUGAUAUUGAAUUAAAUUGUUCAAUGUUUGUUUUUUCAAACUUCAAACAUGUUAGAAGUCGACAAAGAUAUAGCAGAGAAAAUUCUAACUUUAAUAUAUCAAUAUCGCCAAUUAGUUUGGUUCAAAAUAUUAGUGAAAUCCGUAUUUCAACAAGUGCAGGUAAAAAUUUACCAACUUUCAUGCAAGGAUUAGCAAAUUUUGUAUCAGAGUUAAAAUUUGGAAAGCAUCUCCAAGGUAUUGAUAAAUAUAUAUCAAAAUGCCUUGGAAAUCCAAGGAAAAGACUAACUCUUGGUUUGGCAGGAUUAAGAUUUCCUGCACAGGACAUGUUUGACCCUAGUGAACUGGAGAUAAACAGGCAACUUUUAUCACAAUCUAAAGAGAGGUUCACUAAGUACAAAGCAGAUAUUCAGAAAUAUAAGGAAUCACUGCUACAAACAUCCACAGAAACCAGUGUUGGAAAUGUUGGAAGUGUAAGUAAGACUGAGACAACUACAUACAAUAAUACCAAUGCAAUUGUGCAAUCUAAUGAUAGUAGCAGGUUUGAAUCAAAGAAAGAAAUUAUCAACCUUGAUCAUACCCGAGGAACAUCUACAUCACAUCAAUUACACCCAGAAAAACGAGGAUUUCUUACCCAGGAACAAAUUAAAGAGCAUUGCAUUGCUAACAUAUCUGCCUCUAGGGACAUCGUAAAGAGUAAAGAUGGUAACGAAAUUUUCAAGAUGUAUAUAAGGAUACCAAAAUUAAAAUACAUCGACAUGAUAUAUCAAAAUCUAAAUGAUUUUAGAAGUCGAACUAAUUGUAAUAUCGUGGUAUUGAAUUUAAAUAACCUGGCUGAAUCAGAGCCUUGGUUAGCAUCAUUAGACUUGGGCAAAUAUACAUCUAUCACGCAAUCUCCACAUCCAAGUACAGUGAGGGUUGUUAGCAUUGGGGGUGUCAGUGAGUAUAUCCUCAAUACUUUAGAUUUAAUUUCUGACAUUAUGAAAUCAUAA